AUGGCAGAAGAGGAUGAGACUGAAUAUGCUUCUUUGUUGUUCUUCUUGUUCGUGCUCAAGACCAAUCAGGUUUUGUCAGUAUCGAUUGCGGUAUACCUGAGAGUCCCGCUCGUACCUGAGGAUUCAAGCUAUAACGAUGAGACAACAAACAUAAAGUACGUUUCAGAUGCUGCUUUUGUCGAGUCCGGGACAAUCCAUAGCAUAGAUCCUGAGUUUCAGACAAGUUCCCUUGAGAAACAGUUCCAAAACGUUAGGAGCUUCUCUCAAGGCAAGAGAAACUGUUACGACGUGAAGCCUCCUCAGGGAAAAGGCUUCAAGUAUUUGAUCAGAACACGUUUCAUGUACGGUAACUAUGACAAGCUAGGAAAAGCGCCAGAGUUCGAUCUUGUUCAUGUGUGCCUUGUUGAUAAAGACAAAGGAACUCCAUUCUUGUCCGUGUUAGAACUCAGGCUCUUGAAAACCGACACUUACGAGACUCCUUAUGAUUCAAUUAUGCUGUAUCGAAGAUGGGAUCUCGGGUCUCUUUUAGACCGUCCUGUCAGGUACAAAGAUGAUGUGUAUGACCGUAUAUGGAUGCCUCUAAAGUUCGCAAACAAUAGAGUCAUUACCACGAACCUGACGAUAGAUUCGAAUAUCAACAACGGUUUCCAGCCUGCUCGUGUCGUGAUGAACACGGCUUCGACGCCUUUGAACGCAAGCUUAGACAUACUGCUCACAUGGGAACCAGUUAACCCUUUGUGGAAGUUCUACGUGUACAUGCACUUCUCUGAAGUUGAAGAGAUACCAAGCAACGAGACGAGAGAGUUCUCGGUGAUUUGGAAUGAUAAAACUAACUUGUAUGAUAAGUUUAGCCCUCGUUUCUUGUACACAGACACACUUUUCGUUCAGAAACCUGUCACAGGACCGAGACACGAGUUUCUUUUCAAACAAACAGAUAAAUCUACGCUCCCACCAAUCAUUAACGCCAUUGAGACAUAUCGUGUCAACGAGUUUCUUCAGUCGCCUACUGAUCAACAAGAUGUUGACGCAAUUAUGAGAAUCAAGUCCAAGUAUGGAGUGAAGAAGAGCUGGCUUGGAGAUCCUUGUGCACCUGUAAACUACCCUUGGAGGGAUAUUAGCUGCAGCUAUGUGGUUUUGUUUCUGUCUCUUUCUCUCCUGUUCUCACAAGAGUUGUUUGAUUUGCAGGAGUUUAUCCUCAAGUGGCUUGACUGGCGAGAUUGA